AAAAUUGUCGUUGGGCAAAACAGCUGUUGUAUUCGCCGUAACAUCGCAUUGGUUUCGCUUUGACCACUCAUCUAUAUUUAUCACAAUGCUCCGAAGAUUUAUAACGAACUUCAGACAGAAUGUUCAAUUUCUUCACAGAAGACAACAGUAUAAUCACCAGCAGCUGUCACCUUCGCGUUUCGUUGUUACAGCGCACGCAGAAGAAACACCACUGGAACAGUCGCAUAUCGAUGAAGCAAUACGCAUAAAUCCACUACUAUCCAGAGUACAUCCGACGCAAUGGCAACGAGCACAUGAAACCUUUAUGAAUCAUGGUUUAGACACUAGCAGUUUCUUACGAAUUGUCGUCGCCAAUCCAGGUGUGCUCGCACGCCCCACACGGCGCAUCAUUGAUGCAAUAGAACAUUGGCGUAGUUGUCAAUUUGGCGAGAAAUUCUUAUUUUUAUUGUUAACAAAAUAUCCAGAAUUGCUGGAUGUUACCGAUGAACUGCGGCUGCGUAAACAUAUUAGUUAUUUAAAAACGUUUGCUGGCACAGAUAAAAAUGUUUGGAAACUACUUAUGAAUUGUCCAGAUGUAAUGGAACAGUCAGAGCGGCGUUUAGAAGAGAAGAUAAAAUAUUUAAAGGAAGUGAUGCGUGUGGAAGUGCCUGAAAUUAUUAAGUCCGAAGCAUUGUCGAAACCAUUGGAAGAGAUACGCUGUAGACAUGUAUUUCUCGAAAGGCUUGGCAUGUUUAAGCCGCGUCCCUUAAAAGUAGAUCCGGAUGAACCAUCGAAAAAUCCGCGCUUGUAUCAAAUUACCAAUACAUCGGAUAAAACAUUUGCCACGAAGGUCUGUCACGUCACUUUGGUAGAAUUUGAAGCGUUUAAAGAAUUGUAUGAACGCGAAUGGCAACGACAACAGGAUGCUGAUGAUGACGAGGAUGAGGAGAAUAUAGAGAAAUCAAGUGGUUAUAAAAAGUGAAAUACAUGAUUAUGUUAAAAAAAA